AUGACUGCCGCCGCAAGCGCUGAUUCAGCCGGCGUGAGAAACCGCAACACCAAGUCGCAAGAUGCUUCUCAUGAGUCCCUCCUCACCACCGUAGAACACAAGGCCCAUGAUAUCGAACAAAAGAUCGAGCGCGCCCUUCUCCUACUCUGGGAUGACCUUCCUCACUGGCGCCGCGACAACUCCUACAUCCUCUCCGGCUACCGCCCAGACUCCAACUCGUACAUCGGCUCAUUCAAAAGCCUGGGCUACUUGCACAAUGAGUCUGUCAACAUCUGGUCUCACCUUCUCGGCGCCCUCGCUUUUCUGGGAGGUGGCGCGUUCCUCUACACCGUUAUUGCGCCUCGCUACGAAACAGCUUCGGCCUCCGACAUAAUCGUCUUUUCCUGUUUCUUCGGCGGCGCCGUCGCAUGCCUCGGCAUGAGCGCCACCUAUCACGCCCUGUCUAACCACUCGCCCGCCGUUGCGAAAUGGGGCAAUAAGCUCGACUAUUCAGGCAUAGUCUUUCUCAUCGUCGGCAGCUAUGUGCCUGCGCUUUACUAUGGAUUCUUCUGCCACCCGGGCCUGAUGACAAUGUACAUCUCCACGAUCGCCCUCCUAGGCCUCGGCUGUGGUAUCGUCUCUUGGCUUGAGCGUUUCCGCACCCCAGAAUGGCGCACUUUCCGUGCCUGUCUUUUCGUUGCUCUCGGUGCGUCGGGCGUCGUCCCCGUUCUUCACGGCUUGAGCGUGUAUGGACGCGGAUAUCUCGAGAACCGCAUGAGUCUGAGUUGGGUCGUUCUGCAUGGCCUCAUGUACAUCUUCGGCGCGUUCCUAUACGCUGCCCGCUGGCCCGAGCGGAGUUCUCCCGGCACAUUUGAUAUCUGGGGCAGCUCGCAUCAGAUUUUCCACUUCUUCGUCGUACUUGCGGCCGUCACGCAUUUCUAUGGCAUGGCCAAGGCGUUUGAUUAUCACCACACUGUCAUGGGGUCGCAGUGUUAG